AUGUCAGAACUUGCUCAGUCUUCUCUCGGCGACCCUCAAAUCAAUGCUGAAUGGCUUGCUGAGCUAGUCUCUCGAAAGUGCGGGAUCUCCCAACCUCGAGAGUUCCAGAUCACACACGGACUAGACAUCACCAAAGGGCGUGAUGUCUUCCUAGUUGUUUUAUCAGGUCAGGACAAGACGACGGUAUUCUGGGCCCCUCUACUCGCAGCUCAAGCACUUGGCGAGCGGGGCAUUGCAACAUACAUUGUCCCUACCAAGCUACUUUCUAUACAGAAGAGCGAGAGUGCCCGUCGAGUUGGGCUGCGCGCGAUCGCGCUGAACAAGGAUACCAUCCGCGACGCGUACUAUGACAAACGCGAUCUCUUCGACGAGCUGCAGGACGGCGAGGACAUUCGCAUCGAUUUCAUGAGUCCUCAAAUGCUUGCUGGAGAGUGCAUGAUAAAGCUCCUGCGGAUAUCUGGCUUCAAAGACCUGAUCCGCUGGUUCAUGAUUGAUGAGGCUCACUAG